CUUCGGGGAGGGACCGUGGCGUGGCGUGGAGCGGAGCGGGACACGACACUAACAUGAAUGAACGCCUGUGAAACAGAGGGAACACGGCGGAGUCACUGAGUACUAACAGAACGGACCGUGAGGGACAUUUUACCCCGUGGGUCCGUAAGGCGCUCCGCCGGUAAAGUUUGACACGAUACUGCGUGACGUCCGUAGGCGGCGCUUCAGUGUUCCGCAGUUACGUACCGAAACCUGCGCAACGUCUGUCUGUGAAUCUCAGCGCCGCAUGGCCGCCUCGCAGUCGCGCUGACGCUGGAACCUUUGCCGCAGGGAUGUCAGUGGAAGUGUCUCCUCACUCUCCCACUCCGUCGCUCAUCGAGGUGAAGGAAGAGACACGUUUGGUGUUAAAGAGUUUUCUCCAUCGUGCUCUUUCCCUCGCUCCUGCAGAUCGACCAGGGAGAAUCGGGGGUGAGUAUCAUGACCCCCACCGGUACAGUAUGCAGCAGAAAGAGAAGCAGAAGAAAGAUGAGAGCGGAUGGGACUCUCUGGAUGAGAAGAUCAGUGCUGCAGAGGAGAAGAAACACGGCAUAAAAAACCUGAUAAAAAGGCGUCUGAAGUCACGCCCCUCCUCCGCACGCCACACCCGCAAGGACCCCUGCGCUGACCAAUCCCAGAACGGCUUUGUGUCCAGCCAGGGAGAUCCGCCUACUUCACUGAAGAAACAUGGAGCUUCACUUUCUCGUCGUGUAGUAGAGGAUGAAAAGUCCUCUGCGUCAGAGGAAGAGGGCGAGCGGAAAUCGGGUGAGAGAAAGAAAAAAAAGAACAAACUGAAGCUGCCAGAGAUUUUUAGGAGAAAAAGCACAAAGAAGGAGGAGCGUCUACAGCGGCCGACAUCACUUCCUGUAAAAGAGGAAGCUGGGUUAGUAAAACCCCCCCUGUCACCAACACACCCUCCGGAGUUCUACGUUGGCGUGGCCGAGACUCUGGACCGAAUCGCUCAGCAAACAGUGAGGAGGAAAUCAUCGACUAAACCCGAACCCGUCCAACCCAAAGAAGAUGAUAAAGAAGCCAUCGUUCUCCAGCUGGUCCAAAUCCUGACUGCAGCUGGAGACUCCAUUAACGAGAAGAUUAAUGCGAAUCCUUUGCUGCUUAAGUCAAUAAACCGGAUGUCCUACACAUCCUUCGCCAAGCUGCUCGAUUCAUGUGCCAAUGAAGCUGAAGACCCGCCCCUUCCUGUAGCUGAAAGCUCCACCCUGCGGCGUGUGGCUAUCACCAUGGAGAUGACUCGCCGUGUUGUCACAGCAACUGGGCUGACGCACCGUGUGGAGGGAUAUGCUGAGCGCUACAUGGAGAACUUCGCACCAUGGGUGAAGAGUCAAGGAGGAUGGGAAAGCAUUGUGCAGAACGAGGUUCAGGAGUUCGACUAAUUGUGCAGUAAAGUUUGUUCUGGAUCUCUGUGUGUGUGUGUGUGUGUGUGUGUGUGUGUGUACACUGCACUGCACAUCAACACUACUGAUGAUACGUGUCUCUUCACUUUUGUAUAAACACGCAUGUUUAAGUUUUUUUUAAACUGGUGAUUUUUUAAUGUACUGGGUUUUUAUGUAAUUUUUAUACCAAAAUAUAAUUUAUAUAUCGAACAAC